UUUUGGGCACUUCAGUUUGCACUUUGCACAAAAUGGCCGCACCUAAUUCUUCCCUUAUUCAUAUUUCCUUUGCUCUCGUAACCGCCAUUUCUCUCCUCUUCACGCAUUCCGCAUUCUCCCUACAUUCGCCGGAAUAUUCCCCUUCUUCCUCGCCUUCGCCUGCACCAGCGCUUUUUUCGCCGGAGGCUCCGUCGCCGUCGCCGCAAAUUGAAUCUCCGCCUGCGCCUGCGCCGGCGCCGGCUCCGUCAGAUCCAUCGCUUAAUUCGAGUUCUCCUGCGCCGUCUCCGGAAGGCGGAGAGGAGGAGGAUUCGAGAUCGCCGGCUCCGGCGCCGGUUGUGGCUGGAGACGUUCGUCAUGAGUCCGGUGCUGCAGAUCUGACAGCGGAUGAGUCAUCCGGAGGAAUGAACGGUGGAAAGAAGGCCGGCGUGGCGAUCGGCGUCAUUGCGGCGGCCGGCGUUUUGAUGCUCGGAGCGAUGGUGUACAGGAAGAGGCAGCGUAACAUUCGGCGGUCGCAGUACGGAUACUCCGCGCGGAGAGAAGAUCUGUAGAUCGCACGCAGUACGCACGCAUGAUUCACAUACAUACUAAGUAAAUAUCUUUUUAUAUAUAUAUAUAUAUGUGUGUGUGUGAAUGUAUCUUAUAGAGUUUCAUAUUUUGUGGAGCGGUAGCAUUUUGACGCACAGCAGAUUGGAUUAGGAAAUUUCUAGAGAUUAGUUUCUCACAUUUGGUUGAUUCAUUGUUGCUUCUUUGAUUUGCUUCAUUCUUUGCGGUAUCAAUGAAUAUUCAUCAUUUGAGUUGGACAUAUGUAUUUUGAGAUAUUGA